AUUUUAACCCUUCUGUUCCUCACUCAAAACCUCCAGACUGUAUAUAUAUAUACUGUAUAGAUACAUACACUGGGGGAGAGUUAUCGAGGGAGAGAUUGAGUAAGAGAAGGAGACAGAUAUUGAGGGAGAGACAUAGAGGAAGUGUCAGCUACAGAGAGUGAUAACCACACUUAGACUAUUGCAAGGGUGUGCCUGGUUUACGCACACACACACACACACACACACACACGCAGACAGAACACACACCCUCAAGUGUAUUUCCUCAGUGCACCAGCUCAGUAUGUUACGACUCAGCUCAGACAUUCACAUGACAGAUGACGGACGGAGAGUCGGACUCGGAGGGAGGAGAGAUACCGCGUCUCUGAAACUUGCUUCUGGAGAGGUGAGAGAAUGUUUACAUCAUAGAAAACAGAAUUCUGUUCCGCUGUCCCUGAUUGUCUGUGGUUCUGUAGGAUAUUGUUCCACCCAGGUCACACUGAUACCUACACCGUGAGUCUAGAACGUAUGACUGACCGGGGGAACCUUUCAGCACUUCUUUAUUUUGAGAAUGUGUACAUUUAGUUUGCAGUGGAGAAAGUGACAUUACUGGUAACAACAGCUGGCCGACAGAUCCACGGGGAAGAUAUAUGUCUACAAAAUUAAUAGUUUCACAAAAUAUGCGAUGCUGUGUCAAUGUUUUUGUUUUCACGCAGAUGCACAGAUUUGAGGCUUGUUGCUUAAUAAUCUGGAUUUGGCAAUCCUGAAUUCCGAUUAACCCGCUGCUGCCGUGUACCCGUUUUCUGCCUUCGCCGUAAUCCCGACGAGGACCGCGUCGCUCCGGUGUCGCUUGUGGUUUGUGAGACUGUGACGCUGAGGCUGUUGAGAAGUCAUGCCCUCUCUGUGACGGGCAGUAGUGAGAGAAACCGAGAGGAUUGCGUCACGAAAGUCGCGACUGCCAGUGGUAAGAGAAGAGUCUCACACAUAUCCAUCGUAUAGCAACCACCAGUACCGUCGGCUCAUCCAUCCACCGACGCCCCGACUGGCCUGCCCGCCUCGCUUACGGAAAACACCCGGGUGGGAUUUCACCCAGCCACCCGCCUCGCACACCCGCCAUGGCCCAGGGAGCAGUGAGUUUCGCGGGGGGCCUCGCGGGGCCCUACCCCCAGGUGUUUGUGGUGGACAGCCAGGCUAGCUACAGCCCUGAACCCAGCAGCAGGAGGAGGUGGAGAGGAGUCCGCGGGAGAGCUCUUCACUACCUGGUGGCUCUGGCAGUCAUCGGGAUGCUGAUGGAAGCCGGCUGCAUAAUGCAUCUUUAUAACAGGACUAGGGACCUUAUAAAUGCUGCUCAACCCUCUGCCCAGCAAGUUGGCGGCACAGCUCAGGGUUUUACUGGAUCUGAAGAGACGAAUGAGAUUCCCGUAGAACCCGUGAGGAAGCCCCUCCCAUCGAAACAGAAACACUCCGCUCACCUGAGAGGCUCCAAUUCACCGGUGCUUGCGGACAAUGUGGUUCCGUGGUUGGAGGACAAAAGCCUGCUGAUGUUCACUCAUGGGAUGGUCCUAAACGACAGCCGCCUGGUGGUGCGCAAGGAGGGUUACUACUAUGUGUACUCCAAAGUGCACUUCGUCGAGGACUGCUCCCUGUUCAAGCACCAGGUCAUGAUGAAGACGGACAGCUACGGUAACCCUAUCGUGCUGAUGAAAGCCAACAGGUACCAUUGCCCGACACACAAAUCCAAACAGCAGAACAGUCCUCAGAACAUCGGGAACAGCUAUCUGGGCGGAGUCUUCCACCUGUCACCCGGAGCCAAACUCUACGUAACCAUUGACAGCCCGACGCUCUUGAAACCUGGAGCGGACGAUAAUUUCAUGGGGGCGUUUAUGAUAUAGGAAACACAGACACACACACACACCCACACCUAAACCCACCAAAGCUGCGUUUUAUGUGUGUGGGUGUGUGUGAAUAUUUCUUUUUUUCCUCUCGCAGUUAUGUCAUUGGGUUUGCAUAAAUUCCCCAUUGGCUUCCCAGGGGGGUUAGUUGUUGAGCUGGCAUCGUCGGUUGUAUUGAAUUCUGUCUCUAUGCUUAGCGGAAAAAGUGCCUUUGAAAAGUGCUGUCAAACCUGGUCUUGGUGGGGGAUUCUUCAUAUCCAAGGACUGAUUAGUUGAAUGUGUGUUUUCGCUCCUCGAAAAGUAGCUGAUAUUCAGAUUUCAGAAGAGGUUCAGAUUUACCUAUUUUUGUAAAUUUUUAGGUUUUAUGUAUUUCGUAAAUUAUAUAUAUAUAUAUAUAUUGUAUUUGUAAAUAAACAUGCUAUGAAUCCUAAAUAAAUAUUCUUUCUUGCAUACAAAUACACACAUACACCCUUUUGAAAUAGCAUAUUACUCUGUUGCUUUUCUUCUAUGCACACUAUCACUUCCCUUUUCUUAACAGCUUUGAUUUUUUCUUUCUUCGUUUUUUUUUUAUUGAGGAACCAUUUUCCAUACAAUCAUUGGUAUAUGUGGUCAUUUUCCCUGCAAGCAAGAGGAAGUGAAAAACACAAUUCUCUUACAACCCAGUGAACUUAAAUCUGUAAAUCAAAAUAUUAUUUUAUGAAUACUUCAUUAAUUAAUCAGUGACUGGACAGAGACAAUCUGAAGAUGUAGACUGAUGAGCAAUUCAAAUCUGUGGUUGCUAGACUUUUUAUAUAUACAUUACCAUCCAAAAGUCACUUAGAAAUGUCCUUGUUUUUGCAAUUGUGUGUCCAUUAA